AUGUGUCUCAUCUUCUCUUUCUACGUUCGUUCAGGGCUGGCAGCGUCUUUAGGGUAUGGUGCAGCGUCCGAGCUACUACGGCGCUCCACAAGUUCCGAUGACCACCAAUCACCAUCGCUCGUGCUGACGGAGGGCAAUGUCAAGCGCCUUGUCGCUAAGCUUACCCAACUGCGCGGCGCAGCGCUGAAACUGGGGCAGUUCAUGAGCAUCCAAGACAGCCAUGUCCUCCCGCCCGAGAUCGAGGACAUAUUUCGGCGAGUGCAAGACAGCGCGCAUUACAUGCCUGACUGGCAGAUGGAGGAAGUGCUCCGCGGCUCUCUUGGACCCUCAUGGCAAGAUAACUUCGAGUCAUUUGACAGGCUGCCAUUCGCCGCCGCGUCCAUAGGGCAGGUUCAUUCUGCCGUACUCGCUGCGUCCUCAUCGCCUACCGGCCGCCCGGAGAAAGUGGCCGUCAAGAUCCAAUUCCCGAACAUCGUCAAUUCUAUCGAGAGCGACCUCGGCUACCUCAAGGUGCUGCUUACAGCCGGAAGGCUGCUGCCUAAAGGGCUCUUCCUCGACCGCACGAUCCAGGUCAUGAAGGCCGAGCUGGCGGACGAAUGCGACUACUCUCGCGAGGCAGGGUUCUUGCGCAAGUUCGCGUCGCCGGAGUACCUCGGGAAUGACCCGCAAUACAAAGUGCCAUGGGUAUGGGACGGCAGUACGCAGCAGGUGCUCGUCAUGGAGCAUGUCAAUGGCGUUAGCGUCGGUGGCUCUAUCAUUGAUUCCCUCAACCAGCAGGGCCGCAACGACAUCGCCACGCGGAUCAUCGACUUGUGUUUGAAAGAGCUUUUUGUCCUCAGGACGAUGCAGACCGAUCCUAACUGGACGAACUUCCUCUGGAAUACUCGCACGCGUCAGGUCGAGCUCGUGGACUUUGGUGCAACGCGGGAGUAUACCAAGGAGUUUAUGGACAACUGGUUACAUUUGCUGCAGGCCGCUGCGAGCGGUGACCGCGAAGCGUGUAUUGAAUGGAGCCUCAAGCUUGGUUACCUGACAGGCGAGGAAAAUGAUGUCAUGCUCGAUGCGCAUGUACGCUCGAUGGCCCUGCUCGCUACGCCGUUCAAGGCGGACACACCGCAGCCCUUCUCGUUCGGCCCCGGCUCGCAAUGGGCAGUCAUUACCGCGGACAUCAGGGCACAGAUCCCAGUGAUGCUCAAGUACAGGCUCACCCCGCCCCCGAGGGAGACGUACAGUCUUAACAGGAAGCUGAGCGGAGCAUUUUUGCUCGCAUCGCGCUUGCAGGCCUCGGUUGACUGCAAGGUACUCUGGGACAAUAUCAUCGACAACUACCAUUUCGGCGUCGAGCCUAAAAAGUAG